CAGGAGUUCCAUUAUAGUCGGACAGCAGUGGAGUUCCCCUGUACCGUACCACCUAGAUGGUAAUCUCGAUAUGAAUGCCAAAGGAGUAAUUCUGAGAGCUUUUGAACAAUUCAGGCUGAAAUCGUGUGUUGACUGCAAACCAAGAAUAAAUUAAUCUCAUUACAUCUGUUGAAAAACACCAAGGGUAGAACACCUCCUUUCCUCAUAAUAGCAGACUUUUAGAUGGUUUCAUUCAUUUGUGUGCCAUACUUCAUCAGUAUGCCAUAUGUUUUAGCUGCUGGUCUUCUGUUGGAAAAAAAUCCAUGAAGCAGACUCUCUCCAUUGGCACCUACUGUGACCACAUUUCUGUUGUGGAGCACGAGUUUCUGCACGCCCUUGGCUUCCUACACGAGCAGUCUAGAUAUGACAGGAAAGACUUCAUCACCAUCAACUGGUACAACAUUGGUCAAGGUCAUUGCUUGCUUUUGAUAUAUUCUGUGUUGGCUUUUGUACACAAAGGAUGGACUAUAAUUCACACAUUUGGCGAGGAAAUCACCAGCACCAUGGGUACCCCAUAUGAUUACUGGUCUGUAAUGCACUACAGCCAGAGUGCAUUCAGCUACAAUAAAGGCCCCCACCAUUGCCACAAAGGACCCAGGUUUCAAGAUGUGAUUGGUCAACACCUGGACAUGAGGUUUUAUGAUACACUGGAGCUAAACAGACGCUACAAUUGCAAUGACUCCAUCUUCUUCCUGGACCACUGCAGCUUUGAUGAGGGCAUGUGUGAGAUGAGUUCAGCUGGAUGGGAGAGAGUGAGCCGAGCUGAUGAAGGUCCCCAAUCUGACCACACCUACCUGGGCAUGGAGUCCCAGGGUGAUAUUUCAGUCCAGGUGUACUCAGGAGUAGAUAGAUAGAUAGAUAGAUGCAAGUUCAAACAGUUCUCAUGCACACCCGGCAUUGCACUGAUUAAAAUAUACCUUAUUUUCAGUUCAUAGUCUACAAUUAAUACACAACACGUUUAUUUUAAUUUGACAGUUCUAUGUUUAUUUAACGUUGCACAUUUCAUAUAUAAUUACGUUUUACACAUCAGUUACAGUUGGGUGAGUGGACGCAGUCUGUUUCUGUUUAUUUCAUUACUUAUGUCUUUAGUACUGAGUUUAUUUAACUGCUGUGAUUUCCUCCGGCUGGCGUGGGGUGGCUU